UUAGUCACAACAAAGCUUUGAUUCGAUUGCGUGCUGUUUUGUGAUUGUGAUUUUACAAUUUUAUUGCUCAAUAAAGAUACAUCAUCAUAUUAUAAAACUUACCUAAUAUAUUACUGAUAAAUCUAAAACUCAGAAGGAUCAAUUCAAUAAUUCAUAAAUCAAAAGUGUUUUACAAACAUGAUAAUACCGGUGCGCUGUUUUACAUGCGGCAAAGUUAUAGGUAACAAAUGGGAGGCGUAUCUUGGUCUCCUACAAGCUGAAUAUACAGAGGGUGACGCACUUGAUGCUCUUGGCUUGAAGAGAUACUGCUGCCGUCGUAUGCUUCUCGGUCACGUCGAUUUAAUUGAAAAACUACUCAAUUAUGCACCAUUGGAAAAAUAAUUUUCAUUCCAAAUCUAUAAUAAAUUUUGUAUAUUUUUAUUUUAAGAGAAAUAAAUUUUAGGACAUUA